CUUCCAACAUGAAGAUCUUCAUUGCUUUAGUGGUAUUCUUCGCCAUUGCCAAUGCUGAGUCUCCAGCCAGCAAAGAAGAAAUAGAAAAAAUCUUUGAACAGCAUCAUAAAGAGUGCGCCUCCGAGUCCGGUGUAACUCCGGAACAAAUCGCAAGCAUCCGCAAGGGAGUACACGAAGACGAUCCCAAAGUUAAGGCACAGAUUUCGUGUGUCGCUCUCAAAAGCGGCAUCCAAGAUAAAUCUGGUGCGUUCAAAAAGGACGUCAUCAUUUCCAACUUGAGCCUCUACAUCCCGGACAAGGCUGAGGUUGAGAAAUUGUACGAAAAAUGCGUAACUUCCACUUCCGAAAAAUCUGAAGAGGCCGCCUUUGAUGUCUCCAAAUGCAUCGCCGAAAAUAUCCCACAAAAAUAUAGAUCUUGAGGUGAACUUCUUUGUAUUUAUUAAUUAAUAAACUUAUUAAGUGAA